UGAUAAUGUGCGCAUAGUUGUUGAAAAGGUAAUUAUUCCUGGUGCGAGGGUACCUUACCCGGAUGACGAGGUACAGAAAGUGGAAGAUGCACUUUCUCAAUUUAUUGCUUGGCCGAAAGUUUUGGUAGAGUUGGAAACUGAAACUGAGGUGCACCAACGAGGAGUUCAAAAAGGCAAAGGGUUAGAAAUGUCAUCCUUGGAUCCCAAUUGUCCUUCAUCUGUGGAUGUAAGUGGCAUGUCUAGAGAGUUUCAGUUGGCAAAAACAAUUGCAAUUGGAUUGCACGCCGGUGAGGUCAUUGAUGUAAAUGUGGAUGCUGACAUCGUUGGGAUGCAAUAUGGAUUUCAAAUUUGUCAGGAAGAGAUCGUGCGCUUUCUGAAGAUGGAGAGUCUGGAUAUUUGUGCAGUCACACUAUUUUGCAUAUGUCUGUAUCAGCAGCUUGACUUGAAAGCAAAUAAAAUGUUUGGUCUCUUGUGUCCAAAUAUGGUACAACAAAAGACAGAUGACAAUGACAAGAUUGCUUACCUUUCUAGCACUUUUUUGAGAGGAACAAAAAAGUAUUAUCUUGCCCCAUAUUAUGAGAGUUGCCAUUGGACGUUAUGUGUUAUUUGUCCAAGCUCGUACGAGGCAUUUUGGUUUGACUCAAUUGAUAGUCAACCGUCUCAGGACAUCAAGCAAAUAAUAGAAGUGUCAUUCAAACAAGCUGCGCUAAAAGGUAGAACUUCUGCAAAUCGUUACAGCACAACAAAAUGGGUUAUUUGUCCG